AGAACAUGUUUGUAGCUGGAACUGACACAUUAUCAAGUACCACAGAAUGGGCCAUUGCAGAACUCAUAAAAAACCCAAAAAUCUUAGCCCAAGUCCAACAAGAAUUGGACAAUGUUGUUGGCCGAGACAGGAGCGUGAAAGAAGAGGACUUACCAAACUUUCCUUACCUACAUGCAGUCAUUAAAGAAACAUUUCGUUUGCAUCCAUCAACACCUCUUUCCCUUCCGAGAAUUGCUUCAGAAAGCUGUGAGAUUUUUGGAUACCACAUUCCAAAGGGUGCAACUGUUUUGGUUAAUGUAUGGGCCAUAGCCCGUGACCCAAAACAAUGGGCUGACCCAUUACUAUUCAAGCCAGAAAGAUUCUUACCAGGUGGUGAUAAGUGUGAUGUUGAUAUUAAGGGAAAUGAUUUUGAAGUUAUACCUUUUGGUGUUGGACGUAGAAUUUGCGUUGGGAUGAGUCUCGGAAUUCGUAUGGUUCAACUUUUAACUGCUACGUUGGCCCAUUCGUUUAAUUGGGAAGUUGAAAAUGGUAUCAAACCUGAAAAGAUGAACAUGGAUGAAGCUUUUGGGCUUACUCUUCAACGAGCUGUGCCGUUAUCUGUGUACCCUACGCCCAGGCUCUCGCCUAAUGUUUACUCAUAA